UUAGGUGAAAUAUGGGGCUAUCAUUUACCAAAUUGUUCAGCCGGUUAUUUGCCAAGAAGGAAAUGCGAAUCCUUAUGGUGGGUCUCAAUGCGGCUGGUAAAACUACAAUUCUUUACAAGCUUAAGCUGGGAGAGAUUGUCACCACCAUUCCCACCAUCGGAUUUAAUGUGGAGACUGUGGAAUACAAGAACAUCAGCUUUACCGUGUGGGAUGUCGGAGGUCAAGACAAGGCAAGUCCUGUCUACUUUAUUUAUCUGAUAUCAUCAUGUGUUGCUAUUUUUUAAGUCUUAUAUUGA